AUGGAUCAGCUUCGAAAGAUAUUGUCCGCCAUCAGUGUUGAGCCGAUCUUGUUUUUAAACUUCUUUGGAUUCUCCGUCUAUGCUGUAUGUCUGCAAAGUGGCAUUUAUCAAGUACUAUGUCGUCAGAUAACUCCAAACAGCGAUUGCCAGCGAAUUGGUGGCGUUAGAAAUGGCGCUGACGAGGACAAGGUUCAGGCAGCGUCCACUUUCUGGUUCAUGAUGCUCACCGUUUCCUAUCUAGUACCUGCUUUAUUGUCUGACACGUUUCUUGGUGCCUUAGGAGAUCGUCAAGGUCGCAAAACAAACAUCCUUAUUGGCUUAGCUGGAAUGCUGGUUUCCUUCUUCCCAGCAAUGAUCGUCUUCAGUUCUGUGCAAGGACCGAUGUGGCUACUCAUGGUGUUCAACAUGGUUUCUGGCUUCACGGGUUUUAUCGGCAUAGUGAUCAUCUCUGCAUUCGCCUAUCUCGCAGACACGGUACCAGAUCAUGACAAUUUAACAGUACGGAUGGUGAUUAUGGGUGUAGUCAACUCCAGCGCUAUGGUGAUUGGUUCAUUUGUCGCCUCGACCUUAUUACACUUCUUAUCAUUCAGCCAGAUAAUUCUUUUUGGUAUGGUGAUGAUUUGCAUGGCUUUCUUUUAUGCAGUGUUCAGAAUCGAACAAGUACCCCCGUUAAUCAUGCGGAGACGAGUGCUAAAUCGUAUCCUGGAUCAAGAAAAAUUGAAAGACCUACAAGAGAAAGCUAAGUCGCAGACGAAGGUAGCGAUCUACCAUGCAAAGACCGGUAAGCAGAAAAGCGUGACAUGCAGUGAUUUGGUAAAAACGAUAAAAGGUCUUCUGAAAGAUAUUUGGGUUACGUUCACAAAACGUAGGCCUUGCCAUCACAGAAUGCAGAUCCUGAUCGUCUCUUUGGUAUUCUUUCUGCACGUAUUGGUGGACAUGGGUCUCCAGAACUCAAUUACAACCCUGUUUCUUUUUCGCCGGCCCUUCAGUUGGACAGCUGAAAAUUUGGCCUUUUUUCGAGGUGUUAACAGUUUCAUAAAUAUGGUUGGGGGGGCUGUGGGUGUGCUCGUGUUUAAAAAGGUACUCCAUUUUCGGGAAUCAACUAUUCUACUCAUAGCUCUGGUUUCAUGCACGGUUGAGCGGUUGUGGUUCACGUUUAGCACAAAAGAUUGGAUGGUCUACACGGCUGUUACUUUUGGUUGCAUGUCAACGAUGGUUAUGCCGACAAUGAAGUCGUUCGCCGCUCUUCUGGUGCAACCAGAAGAGGUCGGCAAAAUGUACAUGGCGUUUGGCUUAGGCAUGGACAUGGCACAUGUCGUCAGCGCAGUGUUGUUCAACAGCAUCUACGAGAGGACAUCCAGCUUUUUUCCGGGCAUGUGCUUCCUAAUCGGAGCUUCCAUAUCCUUCUUUAACAUCGUUGUUAUGCUGUACGUGAGCAUCGACGAGAAAAGGUGCAAUAGGGUGUCAUCCUCCACAAGGACAACAAGUGUGCAUUUUUGA